AUGAAACGAACACUGUUGUGCGUGUUUUGGAUCUUUAACCUUGCCUUUGCGGAGCAGGAAGAAAGGCUCCCAAAUAAAUGCGAAGUGUGUAAGUUUCUGACCGUGGAACUUCAAGCAGCUCUGGACCGAACGGGACGUUCUAAAGAGGUUCUGGAGCUGGGAGAGGUUCUGGACACGGGAAAACGCCGGCGCAAGAUCAAAUACAACACUUCUGAAACCCGCCUGGCGGAGGCUGUGGACAACAUCUGCGAGGGUAUUCUCCAGUACAGCGUCCAUGCAGAAAGACCUGGAAGUCUCCGAUACGCCAAGGGUACCAGUCAGACCAUGGCCACGCUGAAGAACUUAGUGAAUAAAGGCGUGAAGGUGGAGCUUGGGCUGCCUUAUGAGUUAUGGGAUGAACCGUCUGUGGAGGUGGCUGACAUGAAGAGACAGUGUGAGACGAUGUUGGAGGAGUAUGAGGAGGUGGUGGAGAAUUGGUAUUUCCAUCAUCAGGAUGAGAGAUUGGAGAGUUUCCUGUGUGAGAACCAUGUCCUGAAAGGCCUGGACCAGGAAUGUCUGAAUGAGAUGUGGAAAGGUGACAUGGGGAAAAAGGAAUCGAAGGAGGAGGCUGUGAAUGAGGAAGAGGGGGAGGACAGAGGAAAAACACAUGAUGCUGGAGAAUUUUGA